AUGACCCGCGAUUCAAGUCCAAUUGUUGCGAGUAAUGAAACUCUGACGAGCCAGACCGCAACGCUAUUCCGAAUUUUCCAAGAAGGCAUUGGGACUUGGAUGGAUAUUCUGGAUCACUCACUCACUUUCCAACGGCGAGUCCUUCCAUGUGCAAUUUCCUCGCCUCUCUUGUUACAUUCGAUAUGUGCGCUCUCAGCUCAGCAGAUGAGCCUUACCAAGGACAAGGAUCUAUGGGAACCCAUCUCUAUGCUUCACUACGGCCAGAGUCUCAGAUUGCUCAGUGAAGAUCUCUGGGCUGAGGGAACAAACAAAGACAUCAUACUCUCGGCAACUAUCCUUCUUUGUAGCCAUAAUUCACUCGCUUUUCCUGACGCAGAUUAUCAGCGUCUUCUUUAUGGUGGCCGAAUCCUCAUCGAAGCAGACUUCAACGCGAUAGAUGCAAACGAUCUCAGCCGCGCCAGCUUCUGGAUCUACGUACGGCAUGAUGUGUCUCUAGCGCUCGACAAUGAACGGCCAACUCUCAUUCCGCCGAACGAAUGGCCGGCUGUUCCGUCACCACAGGAGACGCAGGAAGACGCGUUCGCAAAGCGGAUGCUCUGGCUGCUGGCCAGGGUGAUCGAGGUCAGAUUUGACGGGCGUAGCGACGGCAAUGGCAAAGAACUAGAGAACCGUAUCCUUGAUUUAACAUCAGAAAUUACCGGCUGGGAGAUGAGCAUUCCUGGACACGCCAAUGGAGUAGAAGUCGAAGAUGAUCUGGCCGAUGACCUGAAGCGAACAUGGUUCUUCGUUCCUUCGGCAGCGGCGGGUUAUUUAUACUAUCAACUGGCCAACAUUCUGUGCCUUGAAUUCUGGCGCUCACGUCCUGCUGGACCUGUCCCAGAUGAUGUUUCGGACGCCGCCCUCCGCGGCCACGCUCUGGAAAUUGCGUCGAUCUGCCUAUCCCCAGAUGUGUCUGACGGCGUCUUAGCUGUCGCAGUAAAUCCGUUGUUCUAUGCCGCGAAACACUGUGCGUCUCUAUCGCUCGAGGCCAGGAUUUGGGCGCUUCUCGAGGACAUCGAACGUCGUCUGGGAAUCCAUACACGGAACAGGGUAUCCCGUCUACAGAGGCAAUGGGUGUCAACGGCGGAAACGACGGCAUGA